CACAACAAAAUAAUAUUCUUCUCCUUUCUAGCACCCAAAAAAAAAGAGAAAAAAAAAAAAAAUGGCUUCCUUUACCAUAAAAAGUCUAUUAGUACUCACCACCCUUGUUGUGGGUGGGAUGCUAGCAGCAAAUCAUGUUAAUGCUCAAAACUGUGGUUGUGCUCCUGACCUCUGCUGCAGCCAGUACGGUUACUGUGGCAGCACCAGCGAGCACUGCGGUACAGGGUGCCGGGAAGGUCCAUGCACCACGCCGCCUCUUCCACCUAGCACUCACGAUGUUCCCGUCUCCGAUAUCGUCACCGACGACUUCUUCAAUGGCAUAAUUAACCAGGCCGAUGCUAGUUGUGCCGGCAAGAACUUUUACUCUCGAGGGGCUUUUCUUGAGGCUCUGAAUUCCUAUUCCCAAUUCGGUAAAAUCGGUUCCCUUGAUGACUCUAAGCGCGAGAUCGCAGCUUUCUUUGCCCAUGUCACUCACGAGACCGGACAUUUUUGUUACAUCGAAGAGAUAGAUGGACCUUCAAAGGACUACUGCGAUGAGACCAACACGCAGUAUCCAUGCAACCCAAACAAGGGCUACUAUGGCCGUGGACCUAUCCAACUAUCCUGGAACUUCAACUAUGGACCGGCCGGACAAAGCAUUGGAUUCGACGGAUUGAAUGCACCUGAAACUGUGGCCUCCGACCCCGUUAUAUCUUUUAAGACGGCCUUAUGGUAUUGGAUGAACAAUGUUCGUCCGGUGAUAAAUCAAGGGUUUGGUGCCACCAUUCGAGCCAUUAAUGGUGCUCUUGAAUGUGAUGGUAAUAACCCCGCUACCGUUCAGGCUCGCAUUGGAUACUACAGGGAAUAUUGUAGCCAAUUCGGUGUUGAUCCUGGUCAAAAUCUUACUUGCUAGGACCAAUUAUUAAUAUUUUCUUUAAACUUUUUUUCCUUUUUACCUGUUUUAAUUGGUCUCAACUAAUUUUUCUAUGCUUAUGGCUUAUAUACUGAAAUGAAGAGGCUAUAUAUUAUAUCGAAUAAAAACAUGAUUUACCGGUUCCUUUA